UAGACCGGCCAACUGCCAAGUCUCAACCAAGAAGACUACAGCGAGUUAUCAACCCCUAACUUCUAGGGAGGGGCAGUGGAAACAUUACCCCAACCUUCUCCAACCCGUCAGAUGUGUACUUCGCAGGGUAUUUUCCCGACAGCGAUAACGGCUCGAGUGAAGUGGUGAUAGAACAUCCCCCUCUCGAGAAAUAUCAAGUUCUUCACACAGCCGGUGAAUAAUAUGAAAGUUAUUACAAAUAGCUAUAUCUAAGGUUAUCGCCUCUAGCCUCAGUGAAGUCUUCACCAUUAAGCUCAUCGCUCAAGACUUACACAUCCGUCUUAAAAACAACUUUCAUACUACUUACAGCUCAAGGGAGAUCUUGGCAUCCAACGCAUCUCUCUCAGGGCGAACGCACACACACACCACCACAAUGGUCGAUAUAACCGCACCCCUCCGCCCCUCACGGAAAAAGUACGCCAUCGUAGGCACCGGCGGCCGCGCGAUAUUCUUCUACACAGCCAUUGCAAAAGACUACGCCAAAACAUCGUGUAUCGUCGGCAUAUGCGACACGAACCAGACGCGCAUGAACUUCGCCAACGCGAAGCUCGAAGCCUUCGGCCACGGCGCGGUUCCCACGUUCCCCGCCGCCGACUUCGAGCGCAUGAUCCGCGAGACCCAGCCCGACGAGGUCAUCGUCACCACGAUCGACCGCACCCACAACAUCUACAUCACCAAAGCCCUCGACCUCGGCUGCAACGUCGUCACCGAGAAACCCAUGACGAUCGACGCCCCGCGCUGCCGCGCCAUCAUCGACGCCGUAGAGCGGAACCCGGGCCGCCGCGUGCGCGUCACCUUCAACUAUCGGUACGCGCCGCACAACACCAAGGUCUACGAGCUGCUGCGCUCCGGCGCCAUCGGCACCGUCACCAGCGUGCACUUCGAGUGGAUGCUGAACACCUCCCACGGCGCGGACUACUUCCGGCGCUGGCACCGGGACAAGCGCAACAGCGGCGGGCUGCUCGUGCACAAGAGCACGCACCACUUCGACCUAGUGAACUUCUGGCUGCGCACGCGGCCGCAGACCGUCUACGCCCAAGGCGACCUGAAGUUCUACGGGCGCGAGAACGCCGAGCUCCGCGGCGUCGCUCCAUCUGCGUUUUACGCGCGCGCGCACGGCAACGAAAACUCUAGACGGGACCCGUUUGCGCUGCACCUGGAAGACCACCCGCAGCUCAAAGCCAUGUAUCUCGACGCGGAGCACGAGGACGCGUAUUACCGGGACCAGAGCGUGUUCGGAGACGGGAUUAGUAUCGAGGACACGAUGAAUUUGCUCGUGCGGUACCGCAACGGCGCCGUGCUAACGUAUUCGCUGACGGCGUAUGCGCCGUGGGAGGGGUUUAGGGUGAGUUUUAACGGGACCGGGGGACGUUUGGAGAUGGAAGUUGUGGAGAAUAGUUAUGUGAACUCGGGGGGCGAUCAAGCGGCGGAAGGGUCGUUGGAAAAGCGGACGAUCACGCUGCGCAAGUUGUUUGAGAAACCGCAGGAGAUUGAGAUUUCGGAUGGUGUUGGUGCUCAUGGUGGCGGUGAUACUGUGCUUCUUAAUGACCUCUUCGGCGAGCCCACGACUGAUGAGUAUAUGCGAGCUGCGAGCCAUGUUGAUGGUGCGUUGUCCAUUCUAACCGGUAUCGCCGCGAAUCGGUCCAUUGCUACAGGACAAGUAGUCAACGUCGACGACGUAUUGAACAUACCGUGAAGGGAACGGCUAUAUAACUAAGUUAAUUAGUAUCAUAUAAUAAAUGUCUCACAAUUUAUAGACGAUUCAGAAUAGAUUUGAAGCACCUGAUAUAACAGGGAAUUAGUGAGGGUUUUGGGCCUC